GAGCACAUCGUCUGUCUUUACUUCACGCUUGUCUAUCGGAAGGAGAUUGCCAACCACCCAUACUUGAUAGAAGAAAUGCCAAGGCUCCCUCAUGUUAUGUUAUUAUCCCUGAUUGUGGAGGCAAAGGGACAUUCCUUUGGAGCUAGUUUAUUGCAUGUUCUCAGGAUGUGUACUAAUGUAAGAAAGCUGGCUCUUGCAUUUGACGUCAGUACUGAGCAACUGGAGGAAGAAACUGGAUGCCCAUCAGGUUGCGUAUGUGAUCAGCCACCAAACUGGAAAACCGAGGAGCUCCAGCUGAGUUGCCUCUGGAACAUAGAAAUUACAGGCUGGAGAGGAGCUGAAAAGGAAGUUGCUUUUGUGGAGCGGUUAUUCAGUUGGGCAACAGCGCUGAAAGAAGUGAGAGUAACUUUCCAUCGGUCAAUCAUCUGGAAGCAUCGCCGAGGAUCUCCGCUGGACAUUACUAACCGUCUCUAG